GGCGGAGUGCCGCUGGAGGUGCAGCGCUCAGUCUCAGGUUGGAAAGGACACAGAGCGGAGCUGUGGAGGAAAGGUGAUAACCAUUUGACAUUUGUGAAUGGAAAGACACUUUCAUGGCGAGAUGGCUGACCAGCAUAUUCAUAUGGACCAGGGUGUCCAAAUCCGUUUUAUCGAUAAUCUGAAGGAGAACAAGAAGCCACGAAGCAGGAGGCCAAAACAGGAAUCAUAUGGAGUUGCUAUACGUGUCCAGGGAAUUGAUGGACAACCUUUUGUUGUCCUGAACAGUGGGGACCAGGCCAAAUCUUCCUAUGGGGUGCAGAUUAAAUCCCAGGACACAUAUGGAAACAAUUAUCAGAAUACCGCACAUGAUUACCAGGGCAUUACUUCAAAGGCUAGCCAUACAGUGCGAUCUCUAGGCUCAGAGACUGAGCUUCCAGAAAAUCCCUAUGCAAACAGAGGCUAUGUGCAGAGUAGUUCACAGUACAGCAGCACUUCAGAUGAAGAGCAGAGCUCCAAGCACCGCAGCAGGUCCAGAGGAAAUGAGGGAGUCUCAUCAAGACCCCGUCAACUGAUUCCCAAACGCACAGAGGAGCUAAGGAGGUCCCAGUCACAUAGCUCUUUAUGUGAUCCUGAUAUUGAUGAACCAUAUGAUUCUGAACGUCAUUAUAGUGAACGGUCCUCCACUAUUGACACGACUUACUCCCAAUUAUCCAGCAACCGCAGCAGCCUGAGGAGGAAAGAAAAUGGUGAACAAACAAGUGGAUUUAGGUCCACGGUGAACAAUCAGCAGCCUACCUCCAUUGUCAAAAAAUCUUCAUUGGAGAACAAUGGCUUUCCUUCUUCCUCUUCACCAACACAACCUAGUGAUGAUAUAGACACAAAACCCUUGAGUUCUGUGGAUUCACUGAUCAGUAAAUUUGAUGGAAAAGGACAGCUAAGGGGUAGGACGGCACGAAGGAGCCAAGCUCUUAAGGAUGAAAGGAAACGUUCGCAGAGCUUGGAUGGGAGAAAAUCUUACCAGGAUGCCAAUGAUUCUAGGGACCUACCUUCAGAGCGUAGUCAACAGAAUAUGACCCAGACAAGAGCAGAGCCUCCAAACACUGGAAGUCGAUCCAAGCAGGUUCUGGAGAAGGAUGAUGUCAACAAGGCAAGACAGACCAAAGAAUGGUUGGCCCAGACCUUAGAAGAGCCAGUAACACAAAGACAGCAAAGAACUAUCCAAUCUGAGUUCCAGUUGAAGAGCACCCCAGAUCUUCUGAGGGAUCAGCAAUCUGAUGGAAAAGACCCAAACUGGGAGUUGAUAUACAACAUAUUGAGAGAUGGGUCAAGUGACAGUGACACUAUGCAACGAAGGAAGACCAAUCUUAUUCUAGAGAAGUUUCAGUCUUUCCAGGCUUCCCCAAGUGAGGAUUCUAGGACUCUGGUAAAUCAGAAGGAGCUUGAGAGGAAGAUCUCUGAUCUCCAACGACAGUUGGACAAUGAGAGGACGCAAAGGAUAAAAUUGGAAACUUCUCAAGACCGUCCCAAGCCUGGUCUGCAGAGACUAGAGAUUCAGCUGGAGGAGAAAGAGGAAGAAUGCUCCAGACUGAAGGACCUAUUCGAGAAGAAAAAGAUUGAGCUGAAUGUCAUUUCUCAGGAAUUGAUGGAAGUACGAAUGAGCAAGGAACAGGCUGAAACAAAACUGCGAUCAUUAGAAGACCAGCUAUUGGAUGCAAAGGAGGAGGUUUCUCGACUUAGGACGAAGGGAGGAGAAUCCGGAGAUAAGCACGCAUUGCUUAAGGAGCUACACGAGACCCAAGAUGAGCUAGAUGAUGUGAUACAACUCCGGCAGAAACAGGAAGAGCUGCUGAGACAGAGGGAACGCGAGCUGACAGCCCUGAAGGGAGCACUCAAAGAAGAAGUAGCAAAUCAUGACAAAGAAUUAGACCGUGUCAGACAGCAGUACCAGAACGAUAUACAGCAGCUAAGAAAGAACAUGGAAAAUGUGUCCCAGGAUCAGGUGAGUUUGGAGUCAGAACGUCAGAAGAUAAACCAGGUGGUGCGCAAUCUGCAGCGGGAACUGGACGAGAGCAGUGACGAGAUAAACCAAUGGAAAGAAAUGUUUCAGAAGAAUAAAGAAGAGCUUCGCACUGCCAAACAAGAGCUGCUGCAGAUUAAGCUGGAGAAGGAAGAGUUUGAAGAUGAGUUGAAUGAGACGAAGGAACGAUUCUCUCUACUGCAGUCAGAGCUCGAUCAGGCCAAGAAGGGAUCUAUUGACCGUGGAGAAGUUGAAACCAUUAGAAAGGAGCUGCAGCAUGCUCAGGACCAGGUGAAGAAGCUAUCAAUGGAUAAGCAGAGAUUUGAGGAUGACCUCCACCAACGAGAGAGGGAGUUGUAUGCUGUAAAAGGUGCCUUAAAGGAUGAAGUGUCUGAACACGACCGAGAUAAAGAGACUCUGCGGGAACAGUUCCAAAGGGAGAACGAACAGAUCAGAAAGGACUAUGAUGACCUGCUCAGGGAUCUGCAGCGAGUUCAGGAACAGGUAAAGCAGCUCUCUGUGGAGAAGCAGAGACAGGAGGUUGACCUGCAUUUGCGAGAGAAAGAGCUGUCUGCUCUGAAAGGAGCGCUGAAGGAGGAGGUUUCUGAUCGUGAUCGUGAGACAGAGCGACUGCGUGAACAACUCCAGAAAGGGAAUCUGAAACUCAAAAAGGACUAUGAGGAUUUGCUUCAGACUAUCAAAAAGCUGGAGAAUGAGAAGGCGGAGUCUGAGCGCUUGCGAAAAAUUAUUGAGAGCACUCUUCAAGAGAGUAGGGACGAGAAUGAUGACCUCAGGAGGAAGAUUUUGGGCCUGGAGGCUCAGAUUAAAGAGCUGAACACAUUCUGUGAUGAUCUUCAACGUGCAGAGACUCGACUCAAGGACAAGAUCAGCAGACUUGAGGCUGAUCGCCAGCAAAUGGAAGAAUCCCUGGGAGAAGCCACAGACCAGGGACAGGAGUUUGCGAUGGUAAGGCGGGAUCUGGAGACAAAGCUGGAGGAGUCUCAGAGGAGUCUGAGACGACUGACAUUGGAGUAUGAUGAGCUUCAGGAGUGCUACCAGGAAGAAAUGAAGCAGAAAGACCAGCUAAAGAAGACCAAGAAUGAGUUGGAGGAACAGAAGCGUCUAUUAGACAAAUCUAUGGACAAACUUACCAGAGAGCUUGACACCAUGUCUACGGAGUCUCGUGGAUCUCUGCAGGUGCUUCAGGCCCAAUUGGAAGAGUAUAAAGAAAAAUCUCGUAAAGAGAUCAGUGAGGCACAGAAACAAGCUAAGGAGAAGUCAGCCGAGGUAGAACGGGUCCAAAUUAAUACUACCCGUCUGCAGGAGGAGGUACAGAAACUGAAGCAGGCUUUGCAGGAAAGCCUAGCCGAUACUGAAACUGCCAUAUUAGACAAAGAGUUGGUUGCUAAGCGGCUUCAGAGUCUGGAGGAAGACAUUGAGUCCAAGAAGCGGGUCCAGGAUGACCGUUCUAGGCAGGUCAAGGUGCUAGAGGACAAGAUGAAGCGUCUCGAGUCGGAAUUGGAUGAAGAAAGGAAUACAGUGGAACUACUUACAGAUCGGGUUAACCGCAGCAGAGAUCAAAUGGACCAAUUGCGAGCAGAGUUGAUGCAGGAGAGGUCCACACGGCAGGACCUGGAGUGUGACAAGAUAUCCUUGGAGAGACAGAACAAAGAUCUGAAGAGCCGAUUGGCUAGCAAUGAGGGCCAGCAGAAACCAAGUGCCAAUGUCACUCAGCUGGAAGCAAAGCUGCAGGAUAUACAGGAAAGACUGCAAUCCGAGGAGAGGGAAAAGAGCACCCUGUUGUCUUCAAACCGCAAACUGGAGCGAAAAUUGAAGGAAUUAAACAUUCAGCUUGAAGACGAGCGGCUGCAGGUUAAUGACCAAAAGGACCAGCUGAACUUGCGGGUUAAAGCUUUGAAGAGGCAGGUGGAUGAAGCAGAGGAAGAAAUUGAGCGUCUGGAGGGGCUGAGGAAGAAAGCUGUACGAGAGAUGGAGGAACAGCAUGAGAUGAACGAUCAGCUACAAGCCAAGCUCAAGGCCUUGGAGAAGGAAUCUAGACGUAAGCCUGUGCGACACAGUGCCGAUGAUGAUCUCAGCUCCGAUGGAGAGUAUGACGGACCAUACGAUCCCAGCUCCAUCACAUCGCUGCUGACAGAGAGCAACCUCCAGACCAGCUCCUGCUGAAAAUCCAGAUAAUAAAAUAAAUGACUAUUCUGACUGGAGUGUAGUUGUGACAAAUUGAUCAGGGAAGUUCUGAUGGAAACUGGUGACCCCUGACUGCCAAAGAAUCGAAGUUUCUCCACGAAACCUCUUGACUAGAGAACAAAUUUAGGAGGGAAAAUUCAACCAAAUGUGUGUAAAUCAAUCCUUUGUGAAUGUAAAUAUUUUCUUUUUACUGCAAGCAGUACAGGUUUGAUAACAGAGCGCAGUGCCUCCACCCAAACGUAGCACAUACCCCCAACAGAAGAACUCUAAAGAAGAACUUUAUGUGGAAGAGCCAAUCUUCCAUACCAGGGCUCAAAGGAUAGAUUGAACCUGUGGUGCCUUACAGAGAGACUGCUAGGCGGAGACUGUUUGAAAUUCUACUGCUAAUUAUCACUACACUCAAGGAGAGGACUUUAUGUGCUUACUAAUGAUUGUUUAACCAAACUUUAUGCCCUUCAAUUCCUAAGAAUUUCCAUCUUCCUGUCAUCCAGUCAGAUCUGCUAUUUACAGAGACCUACUUCUGGCAGAGGCCCCAAGAGUACUGAAGCAUUGUUCCUGUUGGCCACUAAAUGGCUAAAAAAAAUUUUUCCUUAAAGAAAAUUUAACAGAAGAUUGUACAGCUGAAUGGUACAUUACAGCUAUACGGUGGGCCUAAAUGCGCCAUCCUUUGCAUUGAAACUCACUGAGAAUAUCCACCAGGCAGCCUAUAACUGUGGGGGAAAUCCAUUGGGUUAUAAUGGUGACAUUAUGUAUACUGGGUGCAGAAAACAAAAGGUUACACGGUUAAUUUAUUACUUCGAAUCAUACUCUGAAUUAAACUACAAUAUAGAAUGUAAAAUCGUCAAUGUAUGACAUGGGAGAAGGUGCUGACCUUGUUUUUAUUAGAUUGUAAUAAGAUGAAGCCCACCUCUUUCUCUACAUUGAAUCACAAUGUAUAAAGAAUGACCAUCAACAUUCUGUAUGCAAAAAGUGUACGGUUACACUUUUAAAAAAAAAAUUUUUUUUAAUAAGAUUGUAAUAAAAUGCAACAACUACUGUUCUUAACCUUGGAUCACACUGUUGAAAGUAUGCCUCCAAUAUUUUGGGUUCAGAAAAUGGGAGAAGAUGUUCUAGUCUGUUUUAAUAUAUUGUAAUAUGAUGCAUUUUUUUCUUCCCCAUCGUUCUCUUUUAGACUAUACAAUGUAGACAGGAUAGCCUGCAAUAGUCUACCCUUCUCAUUUUUACUUUGAAACAAAACACAAUUGUACUCAUCAUUGCAUUAUAAUUAAGGGGUUUUGACUUUAAAGGGACACUGUAACUGCUUCAUGUAAUUUAAGUUGCUUUGGUAUCUGUAUUACACUAGUGCUGCAGUUUGGUUCAGUGUUAAACCUUUUUUUAAUGGUUACAAAAAUCCCCAGCAGCCCAUGCCCUUCCUGCUACGUGGGCUAAUAAGGAAGUAUUAAACUGAGCAGCAAUGAGUGGCAGAGGUUGACUGACUGCUCUAAGCAUGACACAGCUGCUCACUGCUGGUAGGAAUUGGUAUUUAAUCUCUCCCUUGCCAUACCUCCAGCAGGAGCAGAGUUGUGGGCGGCAAGUGACCAUAAUUCAGUGUUGAAGUGCUCAAAAUGGUGUAGCAGUCCAGGCACUAUAAACAAUUCAAUUAGAUAAAAUGGUUAUAGUGUUUACAAUGUCCCUUUAAAUAUUGUGGAAGAUAAAUGUGGGGGAGGGUUCAACAUUAUUUGCCUUUAUAUAGAAUUGUAGAGUGAAACCUUCUAAUAUUCUCAUCUUUGAGUUAC